AUGAGUUCAGUUAAUGAAGAUAAUCAAAUGGAACUUGAAUUGAAGGAUGAGGAUGUAGCUGAUGUUGAAAAGGAUGUAAUAACUGACAAUGUUGAAGAUGAUAAUGUGAAUGAUGAAAAUGCAGGAAAUGUAGAGAGUGUGGAAGGUGUUGAAGAGGAUCAUGUCGAAGAGAAUGACAAAGAUGAAAAUGAUGUUGUUAUAGAAGAUGAUGUUAAAGAAGAUGAUGUGAAAGAAGAUGAUGUUAAAGAAGAUGAUGUUAAAGAAGAUGAUGUUAAAGAAGAUGACGUUAAAGAAGAUGAUGUUAAAGAAGAUGAUGUUAAAGAAGAUGACGUUAAAGAAGAUGAUGUUAAGGAUGAUGAUGUUACAUAUGAUAAUAAUAAAAACGAAGAAAAUAAAAUGGAUACAUACAAUGACAAUAACGAUAUGAAGAGCAAAGUUGUUGAUAACAAUUUUAAUAACAACGAUAUGAAUAAUAAUAUGAAGCAAAAUUAUUAUAUGGCUCCAAAAAAUGAUAUGAAUAAUUAUGCCACGUGCUACGAAAUAUAUAUACGCAAUUUACAUAUUGAUAUCACUAAAGAAGAAAUAUAUAACUUGUUUGACGGGUAUCGAAUAAAAAGAAUUAAUAUUUUAAACAAGAAAGGUAAGACAGCUGCUGCAUAUGUUGAAUUCGAUAAUAUGGAAGAUAUGAACAGAUCUUUAGAGUUGAAUGCGAAGAUGAUAUAUUCUGGAAAUAAUUCUUUUGAACAUGGUACUAUAUCAGUAAUAAUAAAUAAAGACAAGAUGAAGAAUUUUCAUGUAAAUCAGAAGCAAAAUAAAUUCAAGAAAAUGAUUAAUAGAAAUAAUAAUAAUUUUGGUAGUAUUCGUCAAAGUAAUAAUAAUAUGAAUAAUAUUAUGAAUAAUUAUAACGGCAACAAUAACAACAAUAAUAACAAUAAUAAUAAUAAUAACAAUAAUAAUAGCAAUAAUAAUAAUAAUAAUAAUAGUAACAACCAUAUGAACAACAAUAGUAAUAAUAAUAUGUAUAACCAUAUGAAUAAUAAUAAUAAUAAUAAUAAUAAUAAUAAUAACCUGUUUUAUAAUGAUAAUAAUAAAAACAUGAAAAUGGAUAUGAUGAAAAAUGUAGGAAAUACAAUGAAUAAUAAUAUGAAUCAAAAUUUUAACUAUAACAAUAUGAAAGGAAGUUAUAUAAAUAACAAUCAACAAGUAGGAGGUUCAAACGUACAUAUGAAUCACCAACAAAAUAAUAAUAAUAUGUUAAAUGAUAAAAUGAAUAAUAAUACUUUUAAUUUUAAAAACCACAAUUAUGUAAAUAAUAAUCAUAUGAAUAAACAAAGUAUUGCUGAUAAUAAUAAUAAUAAUAAUGUUCAAAGCGGAACAGAACAAAGGAAAAAAUUAAUUCUGAAAAAAAGAUCUGUGCCACUAGAUCAAAAAAGUUAUGUUGUCAAUCCAAAUAUUUUUGGAGAAGCCAAACCUGUUGAUAUUGAUCCAGAAAAAAUAUUAAAUGAAAGUACUACAAAGGAAAAAGACAUAAACAGCACAAAUGACAGCAAUAAUAAUAACAAUAAUAAUAACAAUAAUAAUAAUAAUAAUAAUAGUGAUGAUGAUGCUGAAAGGAGAAUUGAAAAUAUGGAUGAUGUAGAAAGGAAAAAAGAACAACAAGAAGGAACAGAUAAAUAUAAAAAAUUAAGUCAUCUAAGCAAUAAUAAUAAUAUGAACGAAUUUAAUAAAGAUCAAAAAAACAGUAACAUGUCUAAUAACAAAAAUGUCUUCAACUACAAAAAAAAUAACAACACUAAUAGGAACUUUAAUUAUAAUAAUAAUUUUACAAACAAUUCAAAAAAUAAUAACAAUAAUAACAAUAAUAAUAACAAUAAUAACAACAAUAAUAAUAAUAAUACGAAGAAAAUAUUUAUGAUGAAUAAAAAUAAUGCAAAUAAUAAUAUGAAAAAGAGUAUGAACAAUUUAGAUAGUAAUAAUAAUAUGUCAGGAAAUAAAAACCUAACAAAUUUAAAUCAUUCGGGUAAUGUGAAUAAUAAUAAUAUGAUUAAUGAUGUGAACAAUAAAAAGAUGAAUAAUAUGAAUAAUAAAAAUUUUAAUAAAAAUAUAGAUAAUAAUAUAACUAGAGAUUUUGCAAAUUUAAAAAAUAAUAACCUAGAUGAAAAUAAAAAAAAUAUUAAUGUUAGUGUUAUACAUAGCCACAUAUAUGAAAAUAAUAAUAAGCUAUAUGGUUCAAAUCAAGAUGAAGAUACUUCAACAAAUAAUAAUAUGAAUAGUAAUUAUGUAAAUAAUGAAGUAGCAAAUAGUAGUAAUGUCAAAGGAAAAUUUAGUAACUUUAGAAAUUCACAUGCUAGUAUGGACAAGAAAAAUAUAGAUCAUAAUAAUAAUAACACAUCAUAUCAGAAGAAAGAAUUAAAUAUAAUAAAAAAAGAUGAUAAAGCUAAUAUUAAAAAUAUUAUUAUGAAAAAUAUUAAAAGAGAAGAUAAUAAUAGUAAUAAUAGUUCAUACAAUGCUGGUGUUAAUUUGUCAAACUCAAGUCACUUCCGUAAUGAUAGUUCAUCAAAUAUCAGAGGUCAAAAAAUGAAUGAUAAGAAAAAUACAGAACAUGAUUUAUUAAAUAAUGAUAAUAGAGAUAGUUCAAAAAAUGUAGAUGACGAACAAGGAUAUGACAAUAUGAAUAGAAAUAUGAAUUCAAAAGGAAAUACAGAUAGAUAUAACAACAGCAACAAUAAUAAUAAUAGUAAUAAUAAUAGUAAUAAUAGUAACUCGUAUAAUUAUAAUAUGGAAAAUCUUUAUGAUAGCUCAUUGAAAUAUGUAAAGAAUGCAAACAACUUAAACAAAACCAAAAAAAUAACUGCAGUAAAAACAGUUAAGGUUAUAGCUACAGAAAAAAAAUAUGAUGAUGAAAAUGGAGAUGAAGAUAAUAAAGAUGAUAUUAAUAGUAAUAACAUAAAUGGAGAAACAGGAAAUGAAAAACAUUCCAAAGAAGAUAAAUACCAUGAUGAUAAAAAAUUAGAUAAUUCAAAUGAAUCUAUAAAGAGUAAUGAUAAUUAUACUUAUGAAUCAGAUGUCUCAGAUAAUAAUAAUAGUAUAGAUAAUAAUAAUAAUAAUAAAGAUAUAACAAGUACUAACCUGAAAUCUACUUUAUUGCAAUCAAAAACAAAAAGGAGAGUUAAGAAAAAAACAACAGACGAAACAGAAAAUAAUAAUGUAGAAAAUAAUGAAUCCAAUGCCGAUAAUAAUGCAAAUGCUGCACAAGGAAAAAGUCAAAAAAUUGAUAUUCUCAUCAAGCCAAAUUUAAAGAAAGGUGAAAAUAUAUGGGAAGCUAGAACUCAUCUAUUGGUUGAACAAAAAGAAAAUGCUGUAUCAAAUGAUAAGGCAUCACAUUAUAGUUCUAGAAGAAGUAGGUCUCAUUCUAAUAAAGUAAGCAGAGGUAGUAGUCGAAGAAGAGAAGGAAGUAGUAGAAGAAGAGAUAGUAGUAGAAGACGUGACAGUAGUCGUCGAAGAGAUCGUUAUAGUAGACGAUAUGAAAGAAGGUCCGAAAGAAAAGAAGAUAGUAGAAGAGAAGAAAGAAGAGGAGGUGAUAGCAGAAGAGAUAGUAGUAGAAGAGACAGUAGUAGAAGAAAUGAUAGAAGAGAUGAAAGUAGAAGAGAUGAAAGUAGAAGGGAUGAAAGUAGAAGGGAUGAAAGUAGAAGGGAUGAAAGUAGAAGGGAUGAAAGUAGAAGAGAUGAAAGUAGACGUGAUGAAAGUAGAAGAGAUGAAAGUAGACGUGAUGAAAGUAGAAGGGAUGAAAGUAGAAGAGAUGAAAGUAGAAGGGAUGAAAGUAGAAGGGAUGAAAGUAGAAGGGAUGAAAGUAGAAGGGAUGAAAGUAGAAGGGAUGAAAGUAGAAGAGAUGAAAGUAGAAGAGAUGAAAGUAGAAGGGAUGAAAGUAGACGUGAUGAUAGAAAAGAUGAUCAUGCUGAUAGUGUUACAACCAAAAAAGAUGAUUAUAAAAGAAGAGGAACAGAUGAUAGCAAAAAAGAGGAUAAUAAUAGAGGAGGAAGUUCAUAUGAUUAUAAUAGUAGAAAACAUAGAACAUAUGAUAAACAUAGUAGUAGUAGAAAUAAUUAUGAUAGAAAAAGAAAUAGUAGAUAUAGUGUAUCAGAUAAGAAAAAUUAUGAUAAUAAAAGUUAUAUAUCAGAUGAUAAAAGAAAACAUAGAGAUUCAUAUGAUAAAAGUUUUAGAAAUUCACAUGAUAGAUUAAGUUAUAAAGAUAAUUAUGAAAAAAAUAAGGAUAUAAUUUAUGAAAGAAAUAGUUAUAUAGAUUAUGAUAAAAUGGAUAAUAAAUAUUUUUCAAAUAAUUAUAAUUCCUUAAGACAUAAUAAAAAUUAUAAACAUCAUGGUUCUCACUCCAAAAUUAAUAACUAUAAUUAUUCAAAUAAUUAUAAAUCAUCAAAUUAUUAUAAAUAUUCAUCUAAAGGUAGUUUUUAUAAAGAUACUAAAUCUUCAUCCAAAGUAAAUGAGAAAGAUAAACAAGAAUCAAAAACAGAAAUGCAAACCAUUCCAAAGAAAGCUAUUGUAACAGCUGUUAAAACAAAUAAUGUUUCUAUAAAAAAAAAUAGAUACGAGUGUUUAGGAGAUGCUGAUGAGAGCGACAAAUGA